AUGACCGCCCCGAGAUCAAAAGCCGGUGUCUAUGCUCACGUCAAUGCGGACUUCGGGCAAACCUGGUGGGAUUAUGAUGGAUUGUCCGUUUCCUGGGGUCACCAAGAUAACUACGAGAUCGUUAGAAAAGUCGGCCGGGGUAAAUACUCGGAGGUCUUUGAAGGUGUGAACAUUGUAAAUGACGAGAAAUGUAUUGUUAAGGUCUUGAAACCAGUCAAGAAGAAAAAAAUUAAACGGGAGAUUAAGAUUCUACAAAACUUGGCGGGUGGUCCGAAUAUCAUCACUUUAUUGGACGUGGUUCGUGAUCCACAGUCAAAAACGCCAUCGAUUGUCACGGAAUACAUUAACAACACCGACUUCAAGGUACUCUAUCCUAAGUUUACUGAUUACGAUGUUCGGUUCUACAUCCUCGAACUACUCAAAGCUCUCGACUUUGCCCACUCCCGAGGAAUCAUGCACAGAGAUGUCAAGCCCCACAACGUGAUGAUCGACCACGAACGUCGUCAGCUACGCCUUAUCGAUUGGGGUCUGGCCGAGUUUUACCAUCCGAAUACCGAAUAUAACGUCCGGGUCGCCUCAAGAUAUUUCAAGGGACCCGAACUACUCGUCGACUUUCAAGAGUAUGAUUACAGUCUUGAUAUGUGGAGUCUGGGAUGUAUGUUCGCAUCUAUGAUCUUUCGAAAAGAACCAUUUUUUCACGGACAUGAUAACUAUGAUCAAUUGGUGAAGAUUACCAAGGUGCUUGGGACGGAUGAGUUAUACGCAUAUCUGGAGAAGUACGACAUCGAGUUAGAUGCUCAGUACGAUGAUAUCUUGGGACGUUACCAGCGGAAGCCCUGGAGUCGGUUUCUUACAACUGAGAAUCAGCGAUUCAUCUCUAACGAAGCAAUAGAUUUCUUGGAUAAGCUUCUCCAAUACGAUCAUCAAGAGCGACUGACGGCACAGGAAGCAAUGAUGCAUCCUUACUUCGAACCUGUUCGACAGCGAGAGGGCAUGCCCUUCGGCACAUCAGCUCCACAAGUCGAAGAAACUGAAGCUUAA